AUAUCGCCAUCUCCAUCGAUCGACAUGGUGCCCAACAACAACACCGUCGACAAGGACUACCGUGACCCUCGCCCGGCGCCGCUCAUCAACGCCGGCGAGCUGGGCAAGUGGUCACUCUGGCGCGCCGUCAUCGCCGAGUUCACCGCCACGCUCCUCUUCGUCUACGUCACCGUCGCCACCGUCAUCGGCCACAAGCGCCAGACGGACGGCACCGUCGGCUGCGGCGGCGCGGGCAUCCUCGGCAUCGCGUGGGCCUUCGGCGGCAUGAUCUUCGUCCUCGUCUACUGCACCGCCGGCGUCUCCGGCGGCCACAUCAACCCCGCCGUCACCUUCGGCCUCCUGCUGGCCCGCAAGGUGUCCCUCGUCCGCGCGCUGCUCUACAUGGUCGCCCAGUGCCUCGGCGCCAUGUGCGGCGCCGGCCUCGUCAGGGCCGUGCACGGCGCCCAGUACGCGCGCCACGGUGGGGGCGCCAACGAGCUCGCCCCGGGAUACUCCAAGGUCGCCGGGCUCGUCGCCGAGAUCGUGGGCACCUUCGUGCUCGUCUACACCGUGUUCGCCGCCACCGACCCCAAGCGCAAGGCGAGGGACUCCCACGUGCCCGUGCUGGCGCCGCUGCCCAUCGGGUUCGCGGUGCUCAUGGUUCACCUGGCCACCAUCCCCAUCACCGGCACCGGGAUCAACCCGGCCAGGAGCCUCGGGGCCGCGGUGGUGUACAACAAGAAGAAGGCGUGGGACGAGCAGUGGAUCUUCUGGGUGGGGCCCUUCAUCGGGGCCGGCAUCGCCAUGGUGUACCACCAGUACAUCAUCAGGGGCGGGGCAGGCAAGGCAUUAGCCUCCUUCCGCCACAACUACAUCGAUACCGCCUAGCUAAUAUAUAUAUACUCCAUAUAACUGGUGGAGUAAUAUAUAAGAGAUACUAAUUUAUUUCCA